AUGUACGGGGCUACAUCACCGUCGACGAGCAGGCCGGCGCGCGCGCUCUAUUACUGGUUCCAAGAGGCCGACCGCACCGAGGUCGAGGACCCGGACGCCGCGCCGCUCCUCCUCUGGCUCAACGGCGGGCCUGGGUGCUCCUCCAUCGGCGGCGGCGCGCUCGAGGAGCUCGGCGCCUUCCGCGUCCACACAGACGGCGAGCGGCUGUUGCGCAACGAGUUCGCUUGGAACAGAGCCCAUGAUGCGUACACGUUCCUGGUGAAAUGGUUCGAGAGGUUCCCAAAGUACCGGUACCGCGAUUUCUACAUUGCUGGAGAGAGCUAUGGAGAAUCAAUAGGCCUUCGGUGGAGACUUCACGUUAUUCAGAUGAAGAUAGAACCCCAUACUGGCCUAAGAAAAACUCAAUAUCUUUUACCAGUGGAGGAGCCAUUGAUGCUGCCGGCAUACGAUCCAUGCACCGCCUUCUACUCGACCAAGUACCUGAACCUCCCCCAAGUUCAGACGGCCAUGCAUGCCAACGUCAGCGGUAUCAUAGACUACCCAUGGGUUUUAUGCAGCGAUCCCUUGUAUUACAACUGGACAGACACACCCGCUUCCAUGCUACCCAUCUACAAGGAGCUCAUUGGAGCUGGCCUCAAGGUCUGGGUCUUCAGUGGUGACACAGACACUGCAGUGCCGCUGAGUGGGACCAGGCGCUCUCUUGCUGCCCUGGGCCUUCCUGUAAAAACUAGCUGGUACCCCUGGUAUAUAGUCUCAACCGAGGCAAAAAAUGCCAGCCUCAUACUCCUUCCUAGUGAGAAGUAA